AGGUGACUGGCCGGAUGAGAUUUUUCAUGGACAACGAAGAGGUGAACAAUUACAAAGGCCCAGCGUGGUUUGGAUUCAGGGCUAUGCCGAAAGGGUUUGACACGAGCAAGAUUAAAACGUGCGCGGAUCUUGACAACGUGGACGUCCCAAAGAGCCAAACCAACAACGACCUAAACCUCGGCAUCUACACCUACACAAGCGGCUGCUACUUCUUUGACCACGACAAGAGAGACUGGGCGUCUGAAGGGUGCAAGGUUGGCCCAGAGACGACCUAUACUGAAACUGAAUGCUACUGUAAUCACUUGACAACGUUUGGAGGCGGAUGGUCCGUGGCUCCAAACACAAUCGACUGGAACUUCGUUUUCUCACACGCUGAUUUCAUGAAGAACCCAACCGUCUACGUCACUGAAAUCGUCAUCACCGUCGUCUACCUGCUCGCCAUCCUUUGGGCCAGAAGAAGAGACAGGAGGGACCUGGAAACGCUUGGUGUUACUCCCCUGAAGGACAACGACCCCCAAGACAAAUACUAUUAUGAAAUUGUGUGCGUAACGGGCAUUCGGAGGAAUGCUGGAACAGAUUCUAAGGUAUUCAUUAUUCUGUCCGGCGAAAAUGAGGAGACAGAUGUGCGUCUGCUGAAUGAUGACAAGCGCAGUGUCUUCCGUCGAGGUGGCGUGGAUGCCUUCCUAAUGGCUGUGUCCGAACCAUUGGGAUCUCUGAAUUACGCCCGUGUGUGGCAUGACAACUCAGAAGGGAAGUUCGGGUCGUGGUACCUCAAGUACCUCAUUGUCAGAGAUGUGCAGACCGAACAGAAGUUUGUCUUCAUCUGUAACAGGUGGUUUGCUGUUGAGGAGGACGAUGGACAGGUCGACCGCGUGAUCCCUGUUUCUGGCCUAGCCCAGAUGACGGAGUUCAGCCACCUGUUCUCGGAGAGAACCAGGAAGAACCUUGUAGAUGGUCACCUCUGGUUCUCCGUUGUCGCCCGACCCCCACAAAGUCGCUUCACCCGUGUCCAGAGAGUGUCCUGCUGCCUGUGCCUCCUGUACGCUACUAUGCUGGCAAACGCUAUGUUCUAUAAAAAGUCUGAAGAUGAAGCAGGAACUUCUUUCACGUUUGGCCCCUUUGCUUUGAGUCCACAACAGAUCUAUAUUGGCAUUAUAUCCAACCUGAUCGUCUUUCCCGCAAACUUCGUUGUCAUCAUGAUGUUCCGGAAGUCUCGAGCGAGACGAAAGCGUCCAUCUCGUCUUGAAGAAGCUUUGAAGAAAGUUCCCACUGGGGGUACAACAUCGGUCAGUGACGUAAAGCCAGAUGUUGGAGGGAUCUGGGCAAUCGGUGGGAAAUCCAGCGGUCAGAUCCAGUCUCGCCCCGAGAGUUCAUUCUCUCAGUCUUACGAUCGACCUCAAAGCACCCUGUCCCAGAGGGGUGACAGAAGGAGGUCAAGGAAGCCAAAGAAGGAGCUACCUUGGUUCUGUCGCUACAUUGCCUGGCUGGUGUUAUGGAUGGUUACUCUUGGGGCGGCUGCCAUGGUUACAUUUUAUGGAAUCAGCUUCCAGGACGACAAAUGCAAGAAAUGGAUCACGUCGAUGCUGGUGUCAUUCUUCACGUCCAUCUUCAUCACGCAGCCAGUCAAAGUGUUCCUGACCGCCAUUUUCUUCUCCCUGAUCUGGAAGAACCCCGGGGAAGCUGAGGAUGAUCAACCCGAGGAUGAGGAGGAACCACGACUGGAACACGAUGAAGAACUGCUUCACAAGCCAAACCAGGGAUACGGACAUGCACGACCUAGAAAAAUAGGCUAUAAGCCUCCAAAUCCUACAGAACUGGAACAGGCAAGAAAGAAAAGGCUGAAUGAGAUCAAGAUGUGGGACAUCAUCAGAGAAAUCAUCUUCUACUCCUUCUUCUUGUGGAUACUGAUGGUUAUCAGCUACAGGAACAGGAGCCCGGACAGCUUCUACUACAAGAAUAGCCUGGAGAAAAUGAUCAUCAAGAACAAUGACACUCUGCAAUGGUUUACAGAGAUUCAGAACACGGACGAGUUCUGGAUGUGGGCAAAAAGCGGUCUUGUGAACGGCCUACGAGCUGACAGCUACUACAACAAUGCCCCUCCUCUUCUCCUGCGAGGAUUCAUUGGCGACAAAGUGUCCAGAAUAAUGGGCUUUGCUACAAUGCGACAACUGAGGGUUCAAAAAGACACGUGCUCCACCAUCGAUGUUGUGGCGGCCAAGAUACAUGAGUGUAACGAAGCCUACACUAUGUUCAACGAAGACAAGGCGUCAUAUGGACCAGCAUGGAGGACAGACGUCGAGACGUCUCCACGAAGGGAAUACACUUACACUAAAGCAUCUGAGCUGAACAGCUACCCUUACUGGGGCCUCCUAGGCGUCUACGGAGGAGGGGGCUAUGUCGUUGACUUAAAAGGGUCCAAGCGUACUCUGACGGCACAUAUGGCAACACUCGAGAAAGAGAAAUGGGUAGACAAAUACACACGUGCAGUAUUUGUAGAGUUCACUGUCUAUAAUCCUCAAGUGAAUUUGUUUGCCAUAGCCACCAUCGUAGCCGAGUUUCAGUCAAGCGGAGGUAUACUAGCAUCAUAUCGAUUCGAACCAGCGAUGCUUCUACCCUACAUGACGUCGGUGAUGCUGUUCCAGGUUAUCUGUGAAAUCAUCUACUUCUGCUUUACGAUUGCAUUUAUUGUCAAGGAGGUCCGCAAUCUCAUCACACAAAGGGUUCGAUAUUUUAAGUCUUUCUGGAAUUUGAUAGAGUUGUCAAUUAUAGCCAUGUCUAUCUCUGCCAUUGUUGUCUACUUCUACCGUCUAAUUGUAACUAACACUCUCACAACCGAAUUCAAACGGAACCAUGGCAAUGAAUACAUGAAAUUCCAGUAUGUUGGUUACUGGAAUGAACUAUUUUCCUACAUAAUCGGCUGGUUGGUAUUCUUUGGAAGUCUCAAGUUCCUCAAAUUGCUCCGCUUCAACAAAAGAAUGUCCAUGCUCGGAUCGACCCUGAAAAAUGGUGCCAACAGCAUCCUUCACUUCAGUUUGAUGUUCUGGGUGGUGUUCCUGGCCUUCAUCCAGCUGUUCUAUUUGACCUUCAUGUCAACCAGCCCCAAAUUUUCAACCUUUAUCAAGGCAGCCGAGUCCGGAAUCCUGAUGAUGAUGGGCAAAUUUGACGUCUAUGGAAUGCUGAUGGUGGAGCCCACCCUUACCCAGGUGUACGUCUUCUUCUUCGUCCUCACGGUCACCUUCAUCCUCGUCAACAUGUUCCUCUCAAUCCUCAACGAGACCUUCAGCUCAGUCCGCUUGGACAUCAGGAAACAAAACAACGACUAUGAAAUAGUCGACUUCAUGGUGAACAGGUUUAAGAGGUGGAUCGGCAUUGGCACCGUUCCUACAACCCUCCCUCCAGCAACGGCAGACAGUGAAGACGGCAACACCACAUUCCGAAAAUGCGACACCGUUGAAGAGUUUCCUGACCGCAUCGACCGCCUCCUAAACUCCAUCUCCAACGUGUACAUGGACGACAACCUGGAGGCCAUCAUUGAGAGGAAUGGGGAGUCAAAGAAGAUGGCGAUGAAGCACAUGAUGAAGGGAGGUAGCACUUGCGAUUUCGCUGAAGACGGACCCACCAAGGUACACACUCACUAGGCGCAUCGUAAAGGAAGAAAACAUCUUGUGAACGAUUGUAAGCCGAUAUUCCUGAGGCAUUACUUUUUGUAUCUUACCUUCUGACAUAUCCUACGAUUAAGGUGCAUUUGUUACAUUCCCUAAACUCACUCUCUCUGAUGAACAAAUGUUGUAACUUUCCAUAAAUUCCUGUUACGGCGGGUGGGCUAUUGUAUGCUACCCUGAAGUGGAUAACAGAUAUCUGAAAUUCCUUUUGUGUUACUCGCAUUAGAUAAUUGAUGUUGUAAGGUGUUAUUCUUAUAAUCAAGCGGAGAUUUUAAUACAUAAUAAACACGAACCAUAUAGAGAGAGAAUUAAAUUUUGUCAUUAUUUUUUGUAUUAAGAAAAUGUUAAUUAUAUCAUUACCUUUUAUCGUUUGACACCUCCAUUGGUGUACACUGAAACUUGACUGUGACGUGAUCUUCUUCAAAACAUAACGAAAUAAAUGUAUAACUAUA